CCAGUUUCAUUUGAAAUCACAUAAUUUCAGACUAAACUUGCACAACACGAAAUUCAAUUGGCACUCUAUUAUUGAAUCCACCAAACACAUGAUUUUUUAGCACUUAUGAAGAUUUUAUUGACCCAGUACUGAGCUGGUUGGUGAAAAUUUGUCUUUCAUUUUCCUUUAACUUGAUCGGUUACUUUAAACAAGCCUUGAAAUCUGAUUGAUGGUUGUGUAUUAGUAAAGGUUUCUCAUUGGCUAGGAAAAAGAUGCGAUUUAGAACUAAAAUGGUGUAAUUCGUGAAUAAAUCGCACCAAUGAGAGAAAAUCAGAUUGGAAGGAUCACUAGUGAUUUCAAAUUGAUGUUAUAAAGUCAUUUUUUUCCCAAGGUGUGUGUUUGUCGUGCUUUUUCGCAGUGCAAUUUGAGGCACGGCUAUUUAAACGAUUCUUAUCUUUCAUUAUUCUACUUAUUGUUGCCGCUCAAGUUGUUUCAGAAAAAAAGUAGCCAUUCUCCAACGUAGUAUCCACGCCGGUUUUAGAAUCAUGCAAAGAAUUCCAAAGUGCAGUGAUUGAUUAGUUUUUUUAAAGUAUAGCAGCCAUAAAAGUAAUUGAAAAAAAAAAUAGAUUUUGCAAUUUCUUUCUGCUGUUAUCUAUUGCUAAGCAGUGAUCGUAGAAUACUUUGCGUCUUUUUGUGAAGAAAAUGCUCCAGAAUCAGACAGAAAGGAUCUCCUGUCAGAGCUUGAAUUAAUGAAGAAACUAAAGCCCCAUCCUCAUGUUAUUAAACUGAUGGGAUGCAUCACCAACUCUGAUCCUUUACUUGUUUUGAUUGAGCACAUACCUUAUGGUGAUCUGUUGGGUUACCUGAGAAAGAGUCGUGGCCUAAAUGACACAUAUUUUAAAGACCCGGAUGUUAAACCUGAGACGAACCUUACCUCAGAACAACUGGUGCGAUUUGCGUGGCAGAUUGCGGAUGGAAUGAAAUACCUAUCUUCAAAGAAGAUCAUUCAUCGUGACUUAGCGGCCAGAAAUGUUCUUGUUGGUGAAGGAGAAGGCUGUAAAGUGACAGAUUUUGGAAUGGCUAGGAAUGUUGGCCAGGAUGAUAUCUACACCAGGCGUAGCGGGGGUCGCCUACCAGUAAAGUGGACAGCAUAUGAAGGGUUGCUUUACGGGACAUAUACGACUCAAAGUGACGU